UUGCUGAUAGUUCAAACUGUCCUUAUAAGGUGGCUUAUCCAGUUGCGAAUUAAAGCUCCGAUAACAAGUCUAAAUAUGAAGAAUUUGGUAUUACUGAGUAUUCUCGCUGUAUGCCUUCAGGGGUGCUUCGGCAGAGUAGUAGUUACCAAGGAUGAUAUCGGAGUCGUAUGUGGCAAGGAGGAUUCAGUGUUAGGGUUUGGUCCAAUUAAUAUAACUAUCGAAAUACCGAAUAAUCUUUGGGAUGCUAGUAACUACACCAUCUAUGCAUUCGAAAACACAAGCUGUGCGUUUACUCCUGAAACAACCGAUGGUUUGAAUCCACUUAUUAGCGAUAACUCUUCAUAUUUCAAUUCAUACAAGCUGGGUUUGGAGCCCCAGGUUAUUGCCGAGGGUGAUGAAGGAACAUGUGGCGUUAAGCGAAUUUCAGCUCAGAAGUUGUCUGUAGACAUUGCUGUCGUCGAAGGAGAUCUGUUUACCACAAAUGACAAAGUGUUCACUGUCACUUGCGACUACACACCUAAGAAUAUAGAUGGCAAUGAAGUUGCGGAAGGAGAUUUAAUUCCGACUCCUCCAGAAAUCGGAGGAACAGCCAGUCCAAAUGAUCUUGAUCGAAUCUACAACUUGGAAUUAAUAAAUGCUGAAACUGGACGAGUUGUUGAGGGAAGUGUUCCAAUUGGCACACCCGUGCAACUCAGAGUUAGAGCUGAGGGGGCAGAUGAGGGGCAAAAUGGGGGCGUUGCGGAUGAUGAAAAUGGUCUACAGGUUUCAUCAUGCACAGCUACCAACAGCGAGGGUAAAAAUACAGUUACUCUCAUAUCCGAUUACUGCACUGAGUUCAAAGAUGGCAUUGACUUCGUUGAGAAACCCGACGUGAAUGACAGGAAAGGCUUCUCCAGUGUCGACAUGCUGUCUUUCUCUCCCGCCUUUGAAAUGUUCGCCAUUGCAGGUGGCCCCGUAGAUCACGUGGUCAUAUUUAGCUGUAAUGUCGUCGUUUGCAGGAUAGAUGGCGCCUGUGACGGGGAUAACUGUCCAAGCAAAAAGAAGAAGAGAUCUGCCUCACCAAAGUUAAAUGAAGUUAGUCUCUACAGAGCCAGACGAGCAGCGGAUGCUGCAGGGAACGUGCGACUCAUGACUGAAAUUGUUGUUGAUGAAGGACAGAAUGGGGGGAAUGCAGGAAUAAUUGCCGGGGCUGGGAUGACUGCAGAGAUGACCACUUUGGUUGUCGGAUUGACUGCCCUUGGAGUCAUUCUCCUCCUCUGUAUGGUGGCCGCCAUUGUGGUUGCUAUGCGACUAACACAGUCCAAAAAGAAAACGACAAAAACAGUGGUUCACCAUGACAACCCAAGUUACAGCCAAUAAACAAUGAACUUCUAUCUAGGUCUAUUAAAUAUCCAGCCAUCAUCUCAGGACGCAUAAUAUCUCAUACUGAUAAAAAGUUACAAUCUUAAAUGGAUAAAAAUAGCAUAAGGUAAAUGGAAAUCUUUGAUGUGAACACAUAACGACUCAUCUAUCCACUUUAGGAAUGAUGUGAUGAUUAAACGACUUUUGUUUUCUUUAACUUUUCUUUUCUUUUAUGAUUUUAUAAUAAUUAUAGAUUCACAAUGACCAUAAACUAUACAUAUGUAUCUAUAUUAUAUUAUAUUAUUUUACAAAAUGAAGACAAAAAUACAAAAAAAAACACGAACGAUAUACGGUAUCGAACUCAGCAAGACACGGACUUUGAGCCGUACACACUAUAUUUGAAAGAGACA